AUGGCAUCUUCCAUUCAGGGUCUUCCGACACUCCCCGAGAUUGGAGUCACGCCUCCCUCGUCGCCUCUUGCACUCAAGACUUUCGAGUAUGCAAAGCAACACUGCACAGAGACCGUCUACAACCAUGCUAUCCGUUCGGGGUACUGGGCUACUAUAAUUGCUAAGAAACUUCCCGAGUUCAGUGACAACACCAAUCUCAACUUAGAGAUGGUGUUCAUCAGUUGCAUUCUCCACGACAUGGGAUGGGCAAAUACUCCAGAUCUGUUGUCAAAGGAUAAACGCUUCGAGGUCGAUGGCGCCAACAUCGCACGAGACUUCCUCUUGAAGCAAAAGCGAGACACAAAUGACGAGAACUUGAACGAGGCCACUAUACAGCGUGUCUGGGAUUCUAUCGCUCUUCACACAACGACUUCCAUCGCUCGGUAUGCCGCACCCGAGGUCGCUCUUACUCAUUUGGGUAUUACAGCAGACUUCUUUGGCCCAAAGCUUCCUGGACCCGACGGCACGCCUUUGAUCUCAUCCAAGGAGUACUCCGCCGUUAUGAAGGUGUUUCCUCGUGCUGGGUUUAAUACAGAGGGGUUCAAGAAAAUCAUGUGUGGACUGUGUCGCACAAAACCCACAACCACUUUCGACAAUUUUGUGAGUGCGAUAGGACGGAAAUAUGGCCUCGAUGGGAAUGGAGAAGGGAAAGAGGAGUUUACCAAGGCAUGGGAGGAGUCACAGAAUCAGCUCAAUGGCUUUUUGGUGCUCGGAUUGGAUGCACUGGAAGAAGCGCACGACCCUAAGUGA